AUGGAAUAUCUACGAAGAGAAUUCCAAACUAUUGGCUUCAAAGGGAGCUUUUCCAUUGGUUCGAUUGAUUUCCGGCAUAUUCUCAUUUGCUUUGACUUGGAAGAAGAUUUUCACCGUUGUUGGCUGAAAGCAAUCACGCCUAUUGCUACAGCCUUGGACGAACCCUUAUCUUGUCUGCUAGAAACAAAUCUGUGGCCUGCAAAAACCCUUGAAGGGUCAAUCUCAGGAUUAACGAUAGCAGAGAAGAUUGCCAUCCCAGUUGAUAUACCAGACAGCCCUCCACUUCUUGAAGAUGCCCCGCCUGGUGAAGCUGCUGUUGGAAUAGAACUCGAAGACACGCUCUGCAAUCAACCAGAUUCUCCAAUUGCUGUUGAGAAUCACCAUCUUUCUUCAGCAUCGACGGCCGCUGCUAGCAAAAGUGGCACAACAACAUCGCCGGACGUGGAAAUCCAGAGUGGAACGCCGGUGGAUAACUCCCUGAUUGUACACCCACCUUCUGCGCAACAAAAUCCUGUGAACGAUGCAGUUGACCAGGCGCCCUUGGUUUCCAAAGAGGAUAAGAUGCAAGUGGACUCUACAGCUACUGCGCCAUCAGCGGAUAAAAGUUUGACCCCCUUCAAAUCAGAAAAUUUUGACACAUAA